UUAUUGUGCUGCGUUCAGGAGCUCCUCAUUUCAGGAGCUCUCUACCUCUGCUGUCUCUGUCUCUGUCACUGUAAGCAGGUUACCGCCGGUAACUUACCGGUGGACAAGUCGUGAUGGACCGCUGGAGGGGCAGAGUGGCUCUAGUGACCGGAGCUUCGGUCGGGAUCGGGGCAACCAUAGCGAAGGAGCUGGUCCGGUACGGUAUGAAGGUGGUGGGCUGCGCGAGGGACGUCGAAAAAAUACAGAAAUUGGCAGCUGAGUGUAAAAGUGCAGGCCACAGUGGUGUUUUGGUGCCUUUUAAGUGUGAUUUGAACAACGACGAAGAGAUUCUGUCAAUGUUCGCCGCCAUCAAAGCGCAGCACAAAGGGGUGGAUGUGUGCAUCAACAACGCUGGCUUGGCUCAUCCAGAGUCAUUGUUAAAUGGCAAAACCAGUGGCUGGAAGAACAUGCUGGAUGUGAACGUUCUUGCAUUGUGCAUCUGCACCCGUGAAGCCUAUCAGUCGAUGAAAGAGAGAAAUAUCGACGAUGGGCACAUCAUAAACAUAAACAGCAUGAGUGGACAUCGUGUGGUUCCCAGUGCUGAUGUUCAUUUCUACAGCUCCACCAAGUUCGCUGUGACGGCGCUGACGGAGGGUCUGAGACAGGAGCUGCGUGAGGCAAACACCCACAUCAGGGCCACAUGCAUUUCUCCUGGUGUGGUGGAGACAGAAUUUGCUCCGCGGCUGUACAGAGACAAUGCAGACAAAGCUGCUGCUACAUACACUAAAUUUAAGCCUUUGGAUGCAAUCGAUGUUGCAAAUUCUGUUACAUACGUCCUGAGUGCCCCUCCUCAUGUGCAGAUUGGUGACAUUCAGAUGCGACCUGUGGAGCAGGUGUCAUAAGUCUGCACCAUGUGACCGCUAAUUUAGUGCACUGACAUUCCAAAUCUGAUUAUCACAAUGACUUAAUUUGAUCAUGAAAUGAAUUUGCUUUUUAAAAUAAGUACUUAAGAUUGCACAUGUAUAGAUUAAAGUGUCUGAUCUAAACAUGAAA